AUGCCACACGUCGCUGGAAUGUUCCUUCCUUUCCUUGUCGCAAUACUCGCUUCUUCGUCGUCUUCUUCUGAAGUGGCUGUUCGCCAGAAACGACAAUACUACGUGUGCGGUCCGCCAACAAAUCAAUACCUUUCCCUUUACCGUAGGCGUUCAAAUCAACUCUUCUCUUAAUCUCUCUUUUCAGCAUGCACAUUUUGGAGUCAAGUCACCACCAGAAACCCGAAUGCUUGUGCUAAUGGAGGACAGAAAAUUGGAGUGGGAUGCUAUUUCAACUACCAAGUAUUAUCGACAGAAUGAACAUUAAUUUCUACGUCCAUCUUUCAGUGCACUCCGUACUCGAGUCAAUCGACCGUCUGUCUGAAUAACUGCUGCUGCACAGUGCCCGUUUUCACCACUAGACCCCCAUUCCUCGCCACUUCCACUACUACUCGAUCUGUAUCGAAUCUCGGUACGAAUAUGCCGACAUCUUCAUUAAUCCACUUUUUCUCACAGCUUAUUGCUACAACGGACAGAGAACUCAAGUGCGUUGCACAACUUCGGUUGACUGUGCCGCAGGUCAGACCUGUAUAAAUGCGAUCUGCUGCACGACAACCGGCAACGAGUACUCGGGAUCCUGCGGAGGUCUCCCUGCCAUUUCAGCCUGUUCGACUGGCCAAGUCUGCGGACAGUUCACGUGCACGUCUUCCAAUUACUGCUGUGAAUGCCAGUACGGACGGACUGCUGGACUGUGCUCGAAUGUUCGUUCAUAAUUCCAUUUUAAAUAGACCAUUACCACUUUUAGGGCUGUCCCACUGGAUAUUCUUGCGCUUCCAACGGCUACUGCUGUGCCACGUGUGCUUCUGGACGUGCUCCGUUCGGCUCUUGCUUCAACGGUCUCUGCGCCACCGGAUACACGUGUCAGGCUGGAAACAUUUGCUGCUAA